UGAAACCAUACUACGCAAUAUGCAGCAGGGUGCCGACAUGAACGGGCUGUACAUAUAUGCACCAGUGCAUGGCUUUGAUGUAUGACUUCAGUUUGCAUUCCAUGGAAUAAAUUAGCUGCGUUUAUUAGAGUGACGAGGAUAUAAAAUCCUAAAAGUGAUUGCAAGCGACGGAAUUAAAAGGAGCUGAAGUUACGUUACGUAGCGUGAUGCUGCAGGGCGCUCACGUCGCCAGACCUUCAAGAUGGAAGUGAGGGGCGACGUGCCUGGCAACGUCACCAUGUUGCCGCAGCUGCUGCUUGAACAAGGACACGACGCAGGGACCGGCGUGGGGGAGGCGCUCACCGACAAGCAGCGGGAGCUUCAGGAAUUCUACGCCACGUACGACGUAUGGACGGGUAUAAGAACAGCCAUCACCCUGGCGCUGUUCUUCCUGUUCACGGUGUCGGUGAUCCUCUACAAAAGCCGCUGUAAGAAGAGCAAGCCUUUCGAUGUUUACCCAUCACUGGAGGACGUACCGGAGAGACCUCUCGAUUACUGCGACUUUUGGUGCAGUAACCCAUUCAGUUCUGAGGUAGCCGUGAAGCGGGGUGGCGUGGGGAGGUGCUACGAGGAGGGGCGUGUGGGGAUGGGGUCAGCCCCCCUGCCCCCGCGGGGGUCGGUGGGGAGCUACGCCUCCCUCGCCAACAGCUUCAGGGUGAAGAGCCUCCCCGGCAGUGUCAUGGCCAUCAACUGGUCCAGGAUGAGCUCCUAUGAGAAGGAGGAUGCCUCCUGCUCCUCAGGAUACCAGGUGCGGUCGGACUUUUUGCGUGUGCCGGGAUUGCGGCUGCAGUCAACGUCGUCGACGGAGACCUACAGCGCGAACGCCUCCUCCUCGGACGCUCCGCUCGACUCUCCCGCCGCGCUGUUAGGUGUUCCGGGGUCUCGGGCGAGGCCGCUGCUACAGCUCGGCGGAAUGGACUGGGACAGCGACCACGCCACGGCUGAGUGGCUGCAGACCAUCGACAUCAACGUCAUCCAGCCCACACCUAACAUAUCCCCCUGCGGGUCUGUGAGAAGCGUGUCAGACCAAGCAGGUGUGAUAGAUCACCACGGUAGUUUUCAUACGCUGUCCCAUAAAGCUGUAGACGAAGACGGAAAAUCUUUGUGUUCAGACUCAGUGUUUUUCGACGGAAGUGGGAGCAGUUGUGAUGACGCUCGCAGCUUCCGAUCAACUCCCCGGUCGUCACGCCGGGCCACACAACCCAAUAUUUAUUAUACUGGGAGUACUUCACAGAACACAGGCAAACAAUUGCUCGGUUUGCCUAUGAACACCAAUUUGAGUGGCUCUACGGAGAAACUUACCAUUCAAAGACCAGAUCCUUCUCGGCUUGCACCUGACAAUAGUUUACAAGCUACUUCCAGCAAUGAGGUCGACUCGCAAAUGGUAUCAUUCAAAGUCCCGAACAUUCGAAGAACUCUUAGUGCAACAAAUGAGGAAGUAAGACACAGCCUCAAAGUUAAAAAAUAUUCGCCCAUGAAAAGAGCUGAAAGUGAAACUCAAGCCGUGAAGCGAAGUGACAGCUCGAUCUCUCGGCAGGACUCGAAUGGUUCAACGUCAUCAACGGACGAAGCAACCGAGUCUGUAUCUUUUCAUUUGAUGGUGCCUCAAUUGAGUAUUGACAUUCCUUCGCAGGAAGUUUCAAGAGCUUCAAGUCCUUCUAUGUCACCAACUCCUCCCCAAACUCCCCCCGUCCCACGAUCAAAUGGAAGAGGAAGACAGGGGACAGCUGAUGGCCGUGGCGUCUUGCGUCGCCAGCUAGCCAAGGACUACACGCAACCGUGCCAGCAGCUACCGACGUACCCCGAGGAGGAGGAGCCGACUCUUGUCACGAGCUAUGAUUUUAUUUCCAUCAAACCACCGCCUGGCUAUCGAGAUUUGUCUCCCGUGCCACCUCUGUCAAUUUCACCUGUCCCUUCUUCUCCUUCACCAUACCUCAUGUCUUCACCUGGUCCUUACUCACCUUUAUCAUACCCACUUUCACCAUUGUAUACUGAUAUCUUCACUCUACCACAUCCUACGUCUCCCAUUCCACCACCCCCGUCUCCUCUAUACAGCAGGGGGGCGGCAGUAGAUGAUAGGUCACCGGGAACAUCACGUAGGGUCCGAUCAAGUCAUCGAACUCCAUCACCUCUGGCGGUUCCAAGUUCUCCAUUGCCACGCAGUCAUUCUCCGUUGGUGCGAACUGAUCCUCCAAUCGAGCAGGUUAUGUCGGCGUCUGUUGGACCAGGUAUUAGAAAGAUCGUUUCCGAUGCAAGCAAAGCAAGCGAGAACGCACCCUCCGAGUCAGAUACAAAAAAGGUCUGCCGCCAUGAGAGCAUGGCCGCCAUGACACGUCUCAGUUUUGAUGUGCCUGAUCCUGUCGAGGAUGUUGAUGUGCACGAAACUUCGUGCUGAAAAUGAUCGUUCAAAGAAGAAGAUUCAUAAAGACUUGUUAUUGAUUAAUCGCUGUUCAUGCGUAACAAGUGUUAGUGAGCAGUAAUCGUGCUUCUCAAAACCUGCUGUGAAAUAUCUUCUGAGAAAUAUUUUCCGAUCCUAUUUAUGUACACCCAAAUGUAAGUUUGUGCUCCUAUCUUUAACUUUAUGGUACGAAGUAUUUAUAAUCAAAACCCCAACAAGUAGGAUAAGGUGAUGCACUUUUCCCUGCCCAGAAUGCGAGUUUUGUUAUAUUGUAUAUAAAUUGAUUUAUUAAUUAUAUGUGC